UAGAAAAAAUGUGUUGAAAGGUUGAUUACCCAAAUUAAAAAGUCUAGUUGCAUUUUGAGGUAACAUAAAAAGCCGUUCGGCUUAAGUUGAAGCAAGAAUCUUUUAGUUUUGAUCGCCUUACAUUGUUAUUAUUUAAGUACUUACUUAUAAUAAUGGGUGAACAAGGUUCUGCUUGGGUUUUAUGUCCUUCUAAGAAGUUUCCUGGAAAAUUUUACUAUUUUAACACUCAAAAUGGAGAAAAAGCUUGGAGUUGGACCGACCCUACGAAUAAACUUCACAUAGAGUCAAUGGAAGAUGGCUCACCAAAAAUGGUUAACAAUUUCAAUGACAACUCAAAAGCAGGACAUAAACAGAUGCCAAAUGAUCCAGUUUCAUCGCAGAAGUCAGUUUCUGCAGCAGAAUCUGGAGAAUUGUUCAGUUCAUCGACCAUCAGUACCAACCAAUUUACAGAUAAUGCACAAGAUAAAUGUAAACAGAUGCCAAAUAAUCCAUACUCAUGGAGACAACCAAAAGAACUACAUAGUGAUUACAGAGAAUUCAGUUCACCGAUGAGUGAGAACUGCAGUGAUAAUGCAAAUGCUACAUGUCAACUGAUGCCAAAUAAUCCAUUUUGGUCUAGACAAUUAAAUCAAUUGCAUGCAGAAUCCAGAAAAUAUCCAACUCUUAAUAGUAGCAAUGUUAAUUCUAACUCACAUUCAGAAUAUAAACCAAAUACAUUUCCACCUAGACAACGUAAACGUGUAUACAAAGAAGCGAGAGAAUUUGGUUCAACAACAAGUAGCACCAACCUCAGUAACUCACAAUCUAAACUGAUGCCAAAAAAUCUAUUUCUAAUGAAACAACCAAAACAAUUAAACGAAGUAUCUAGGAAAUAUUGUCUAACAGCAACACAGAAGAAUAAAAUAAAAGCAAGAUAUAAACCAAUGGUGAAUAAUCCAUUUUCAUCAAGAUUACCAAAACAAUAUGACAGUGAUGUACUUGGCCAACCAAAGAAAAGGACCAAAUUAGAAUGCCCAUUGUCCAGCCCCGUUUAUGACUGGGACAUAGAUGAUGCAGAACUGAUUUCUAACAACAAUUCAUCAACUGCAACCAUGAACCAAUAUUGCAGGAAUGAUAGUAUGAAAAUUAUUAUUGAUAUUAAAUUUUUGCGAAAUCUAUCGAAAUCGGAAUCAAUCAAAGAAUGGCAUAUAGUCCCAGACGUAGAAGUUCUUCUGGAGAAUUUGGAUUUCCUGAAAGAAUUCAUUUCCGGAGAUCCAACAUGCACACUGAUGACACCAGCGGCUGUGUUAAAGAAGUUACAAUCCCUGGCAGACAGUCGCUCAACAGCAGAUCAAGUAUUUCAGUGGUUGGCCAAGAAUUCUGUUUGUGAAAUAAACAACCAAGAUGAGUAUCCUCUAAAUGAGAACGCAAUAAAUGAGCAAAUUAUAAAAUUUUGUGUACAAGCGAAAAUUCUGCACAUGGUGAUUAUAACAAAAAAACAAUGUUUGCGAGAUUCAGCUAAAAGUAACGGCGUACACGCUUUUUGUAUAAGUGAACUCAAAAUUACCAAGGAAAGUGUUGAUGAGAAAUGUCCCAAAGACAAUCUUUUCCUACAAGACUUGAACAGUUUGGAUCCGUUCUUAAUCAGUAAAAGCUUGCAAAGUUUGAAUACUUCGACAACGGACGAAUUUACAAAUUAUAUUAAUGAAAAUAAUAACAACACUACAGUCAAUAACUUAAAUUGGCCGAAUUCAAAGUCAUCCGACCUACUACAUAUAAAUAAUAACAAAAUAACGGUACAUUACGAAGGUAUUGAUUUUCGACAUCGAUACAAUGAAGACAGGACUGGUUUAUAUACUCAAAGUUUCGAUAAAAACAAUUGGAAAAAUAUUAUACAUACUAAAGGUCGUUAUUUGCGAAACCUACGUAUUAGUUUAAACACAAAUAAAGAACGUUUCGAAGAAGGUGACACAAUUGCAGAAAACCCUCCUCGAAAUGUAAAAUCAAAUUCACAGAAACCAGUUAAUAGAUUUGAAGGUUUUAGAUUCAGCACAUCUUUUGACACAAGCGUGUUCCAUAAUAACUCUUCCGAAACAAAUGAAAAUCAAAAUGUUUUUGGAGAAAUAACUCAAAAUCGAAUCAAUCGAUUUGAAGCUUUAAAAUUAAACACACCUAUUGACAAAAAUGAAACUAACAAUUCGUCUAUAGUAAAUAAUUAUCAAAAUAUCGGAAUUGCAAACGCACGUAAAGAAAUAGAUCGAUAUAAAGGCAUUAGUUUCAACACUCCUAUUGAGAAGUCAGUGCUUCCUAAUGACACCUGGAAAAUAGGUAAAAACCAAAAUGUAAAUCUAAGCGCACCUUCUAGUGAGUUAUUUGUGUUCCAAAAUAACUCGCCCCAAAUAAUAGAAAAUAAAAGUGCCGUAAAACGAAACGCAAGAAAAGAAGUCAACCCCUUUGAAGUUGCUAUAUUCAAUGCGGACCUGAACUCAAAUCUGUGCAAUGGUACGAUAUCAGAAAUAUACGAAGACUAUGAUACUAGACUAGAGGACCAACUGAAGGAUUUUUGCACGAAACACUCAAAUUUACAGAAUUAUAUCAACGAUAGAGUUGAUGAGUGGGGCUGUUGUUUCGUGCAAAUAAUAGAACAAUUUUUGGAUGACGUUUUUCAGUGCACGCCCAUCAAAAAAUUUGACCCGCCAUAUUGGUUCCAGCAAGGCCUUAAAUGUUUAAGGGAACAUUAUUCCCAGGAUAAAUAUAUAGGUACAAUCAUCGACAAAUUAAUAGGAAUGUGCGGGUAUUGUAUAAAGAACGGUGUCGUACGCACAAAUAUAAAAGAUGACCAGUUUUUAAAAAUAUUAGGAGCUGGAAUAUUAUUGAUUGAGAGGAUCGAUAGAAUAGCACAAUUUCCUGAAAUUAGUGGACUUUAUAAAGAAAUGCUAAGCCAUUUAGUUACAACGAUACGUGAUCCCGAGGGAUUCCCCGAAAUGUUGUCUUUAAGUUUGGAAUUAAGUUUAAGUAUCGGAGAUGCGGCUUAUCAGAUGGAAAAUAUUGAGAGUGAUGACGAGGUGAGAUCAUAGAGUUUGGUGCGGAGUGCUACUUCAAAUGAGGCUGGUACCUUCUAUCUGAUUAAUAAAACUAUUGUUGAGGAUCUUCAAAGGACACUAGUUGUGGUUUGGCACCAGUGAGUGAUAACUGAAAACUGUCUGUGUGACAAAUCGAUUACCGACUCCAGUCACACUGCUCAAGCGGAACCCAAAACUCAAGUAGUGACGAAUAUUUUGAGUAUUAAAUCAUCUUUGUAUAAGGAUCUUUGUAAAUAAUAAACAAGAAUAUAAUCACUCUCUUA